UUUAUGGGCCACAAUAAACUAUGACGAACCAUUUAUUUGUAAACUUUUCAGUUGUAUUGUAUUUGUAGGAGCAAAUAUUUGAGUUCGUAUUGUUCUUUACAAAUUAACCAUGAUUAUUAUUCCAUUAUUAAUCUUCACCGUUCAACUCCAGUGCAGUUAGGAUUGGAAAUGAGUGUCACGUAAUAAAAAGCACUCACUUACGCCAAGUACUAUACCGUAUAUAGUCUAUACAUGUAUGUAUGUACAAAGUGCAUACGACAUGACACCAGCUAUAUAGCAGCAUUCGUCAGAUUUUAAUACAUUGAUCAUAAAAGUAGGUGUUCAUUUUUAAAGACCAACGAGUGCUCGAUAAUAAAUAACGCACCAAUACGGUGUGAAUUAAGAAUGCAUGGGAAAUGUGGAGUCUGCUUAUCCACCAAAAUAUUAUUCGUGCUAACCUGGACGUCCCUGUGCGAAGGUAAGACGACUGAUCUUAUUUAUAAUGAAUAUUGGGUUGAGAUUUGACUAUUGCUUUUCAAUAUAAAUUUAGGCACCGCGUUCGUUGAUCGCGUAUGUACCCUUGCCAAGUCCGAGGGGGAAAAAUGUCCUUCCGGGGGUGGCGGCGAGGAAAAGAUGUACUACUUCGACUCGACGAAGGAGAAGUGCACCUCCUUCACGUAUUUGGGCUGUGCCGGAAAUCAGAACAAGUUUGAGGCGUCGGACGAUUGUAUCGACUCGUGUCAGACGCCGUGGUUCAUCAAGAAGAACAAGGAAGAGGACAAGAAGAACCCAGGGGGAGAGGAACCUCACAAAAAGUCGGACUGCUCCCUCCCAUACGAAGCGGGACCAUGUAAAGCUCUCAUCACCAUGUGGUACUACAACUCUGCGCAGGCAGCCUGCGAGGUUUUUGGUUAUGGUGGGUGCAACGGGAAUGGCAACAAGUUCGACAGCAGAUUAGAAUGUGAAACCUUCUGUGGAGAUAAUCCAGAAGUCAAGAAGAAAAGUAGUUAGUGACUGACAAAGCAUGAUGAGGUCCGUUAUGGACGAAAAUAUUUUCACGUGCAGCUUCAAUUUAGGUAUUAUGAAAACCAUAUAGCUCAAUAAACUCAAUAGUUUCGCUGAAUUUGGCUGAAAUGGAUUGUGUCGGUUGCAAUUAAUGCUUAUACGAAGCGAGCAUUAAACCUUCUGGACAUCACCGAUAACGUAGAGCUAUAGUUAUGUACAUAGACACACAUGCUACUUUAUUUCUUGAACUGAUCACAUAAUCACGCGUUAUAAUUGCGGGCAACUAUAGUAAGUAAAUGGAACAUCGCAAAAAUAGAAAAAACGAGUUAAGCUUAAAAACAUGUUUUAAA